AUGACAUCAUUUUUCUUCAAAUUUUAUCUAUACGUAACAGAACAAUUACGAAAAACAUAUUCUGAUAUUGCGGUUGAUGAAAUAUCGUCUAAUGAAUUAUCGAUUAUAAAAUCAUACGUUCGUGAUUUAUCACGCGGUGAACAAGAGUUUCAAUCAAAACCGAUCUCCAAUCAAAUUGUUGGUUCAUCAUUGGUACAUAACAGUGCCUAUUUACAUGGAACAGGAGAAGCCAAAUAUACUUGUGAUAUACCAACACCUUCAGAUGGACUUUAUUCAGCUCUUGUUUUAAGCACGCAGCCAUAUGCAAAAAUCGUGUCAAUUGAUACAACAAAAGCUGAAGAAGUGCCUGGUUUUAAAGGAUUCAUUAGUCAUUUGGAUGUAUCUGGUUGUCGUAUGACCGGUGAUGUUGUUAAUGAUGAAGAAGUAUUUCCAUCGUCGACUGUUUACUGCAUCGGUACGAUAAUUGGUUUGGUUAUUGCUGAUAGUGAAGUGCAUGCACAACAUGCAUCAAAAUUAAUUGAUAUUAAAUAUGAAUGUUUAAAACCAUUAAUAUGCACGAUUGAUCAAGCGAUUGAACAGCAAUCUUAUUUAGGACGAGAACUUUCUUUACAAAUUGGUAAUUUAGAACAAGGUUUUCAAGAAUCUGACCAUACAUUAACCGGUGAAUUUUAUUUUGGUGGGCAAGAACAUUUUUAUUUAGAAACGAAUUGUUGUUUGGCUAUACCGCAUGAACGUGAUGAAUUAGAAUUACAUACAUCAACACAAAAUGCAACUGGUGUACAAGAAAAAGUUGCCGCAGCAUUAGCCAAAGCUGACGAUGGAAGGUAUUCUCAAGUGAUAAAUCGCAUUUUACUUAAAAGUCAUAGUUAUAGUGCAUUUUGUUUAGGUAUUCCAAGUAAUAAAAUCGUUGUUCACGUAAAGCGUAUAGGCGGUGGAUUUGGUGGUAAAGAUUCAAUACGUCACAUAAGAUUAUGUAUUGCUGUUUCAAUAGCUGCAAUGAAAUUAAAGCGACCAGUUCGUUUGACUCUUGAUCGAAAUUCCGAUAUGUUAAUAAGUGGACAGAAUCAUCCAUUUAAAUCUUUAUAUAAAGUGGGCUUUACAUCUUCAGGUGUAUUAAAGGCAUUAGAUAUAGUAUUAUACAGUAAUGGUGGAUGGUCUCAAGAUUAUUCUGUACCUAUAAUGGAACGUGCUUUAUUACAUUGUGAUAAUGUUUAUAAUUUUAAAAACCUAAAAUGUUAUGGACGUGUAUGCAAGACAAAUAUCCAAUCAAUGACAGCAUAUCGUGGUUUUGGAAUACCACAAGCGGUUUUUAUAUGUGAAGUAGUAAUAGAACAUGUGUCAUCAUAUUUAAAAAUAGAUCCAGUAGAAUUAAGACAAAUAAAUUUAUAUCAAGAAAAUGAUUCUACACAUUUUAAACAAACAUUAGUAAAUUGGCAUGUUCCAAAAAUGUGGAAUGAAUUAAUUAAAUCAUCAGAAUAUUAUCAACGAUUAGAACAAGUCAAACAAUUUAAUCAUGAAAAUCAUUAUCGAAAACGUGGUAUAGCAAUGAAUCCAGCAAAACUUGGUCUUGGUUUUACACGUAAAUAUAUGUAUCAAGCUGGAGCUUUAAUACAUAUUUAUCGAGAUGGUACCGUAUUAUUGACACAUGGUGGGACAGAAAUGGGUCAAGGUCUUCAUGUAAAAACUAUUCAAGUAGCGUCUGAAAUAUUACAGAUUGAUAUUAACCUAAUUCGUAUUAAUGAAAUAGCAACGGAUAAAAUUCCAAAUGCAUCGUCGACAGCCGGUUCAGCGUCCUCAGAUUUAUAUGGAAAUGCAACAAAGAACGCAUGUCAACAAAUAAAUGAACGAUUAAAACCAUUACGAGAAGAAUUUCCACAAUAUAAUUGGUUUGAAUUAAUAAGUACAGCAUACUAUAGGCGAAUUAAUCUAUCUGCAGAAGGUUUUUAUCAAACACCCCAUGUUACAGAUGUUGAUUUUGCAAAUAAUUUUGCAUCAUAUCCAUAUUUUACAACUGGCUGUGCUUGCUCAGAGGUUGAAAUCGAUACAUUGACGGGCGAUUUUCAUAUUUUAAGAACAGAUAUACUUAUGGAUUUUGGUUUAUCAAUGAAUCCGAAUAUUGAUAUUGGGCAAAUAGAAGGCGCGUUUAUGCAAGGAGUAGGCAUGGUUACAAUGGAAGAAAUAAUAUGGGGUGAUGAGAAACACAAAUGGUUAGAACCUGGCUGUUUAUUCACUCAAGGACCAGGAACAUAUAAAAUACCCUCAUUUAAUGAUGUACCGAUUGAUUUUCGUAUUUCUUUAUUUAAAAAUGCACCGAAUCCAUUUGCUAUUUUUUCAUCAAAAGGUGUUGGUGAACCAGCAAUAACUUUAUCAACCACUAUUUUCUUUGCUAUUAAAAAAGCAAUUGAAUCCUAUCGACGUGAUAAUGGCUUAAGUGAAUACUUUGUAUUGAAUAGUCCAGCAACAUGCGAAAAAAUACGUAUGGCAUGUGCAGAUAAUUUUACAAAAGAAGCAGUUGGCGAAGAAAAAUAUGAACACUUUCAACCGAACGGAAGUUAUUAA